AUAUCAAUGAAUGUAACGGUGAUCCAUGUCAUGCUAAUGCUCAAUGUACAAAUACUGUUGGAUCUUUCCUAUGCCAGUGCAAUUUGGGUUAUUCGGGCUCAGGAUUUUUAUGUACUGGUGAGUUUGUUACUUAUUUAUGAUGCACACUUACCUUGUUUUACCUGAGUUGCGACGGUUGCCAAUUAUUUUGCCAAAUCCAAAUUCUGCACCUUGCCAAAUCCAACAGAUCUUUUCCAUUGCUUUGAGAGCCUACGCAACCUUAGACUUGCUCCAGGUCUUUCUUUCAUUGUCAUAUAGUAUUGGUCCACUAUAGUGUACAUUACAUGACGUAGUGCGGAGGGGCGGAGCGAGAAAGAGAGACUUGUCAACUUCGGAAAAUCUCGGUUCAAACUGAACCGAAAAUGCAAGACUUGCUUUAAUUGUUUUCUGUCAGAGUUUAUAUGCAUUGAUCUAGCACAGUGUAAAUAACAUGAGUUCCAUUAUAGUAAAUAUACAGAAAGAAAUUGAAGGAAAACAAUUAAAGCGAGUCUUGCAUUUUCGGUUCAGUUUUGAACCGAGAUUUUCAGAAGUUGACAAGUCUCUCUUUCUCGCUCCGCCUCUCCGUGCUACGUCAUGUAAUGUAUACUAUAGUGGAUCGAUAUGACAAUGAAAGAGAGUCUUGGAGCAAGUCUAACGCAAUCUUAACUUACAAACAUUUUCUGACUAUCGUAGAAUCUUUGCCAUCAGCUUAAACCUAGCCUGCGUAGCUUGCGUGGCAGGCCCUCAAUUUUAUAGGGGGCCUGAUUUGCAGCGAGCAGGAUUUUGGCGGGCUCCGGGGGAGGAAAAAGGGCCUGCAGGAAAGCCCACCUUUCAUGACUACACGCCCCAGUCAUAAUAUAAUUAAUGGUCUCUAAAAUUGACCAAUAAAAAUUUAGCUGCAAUUGGGGAAAACCCUGGCCCGAAAGAAAUAAUAUUCCCUUGCAGGUAAACAUGUCAAUCAAACAAUAUUGCGAAAAUAUGUGCUCUCAGAUUAUAUGUGAGAAAGUUGGCUUCCAAAAAAAUUCUAAAAGUGCGUGGGCUUACAACGGAAUUAAAAUCUUCAGUUAAUACACUACAGGAGAAGUUUCAACACCAUUACCAGCCCAAAGAUGUAGAAACAUCAGGAAAGCGUAAACUGUUAACUCCUGACCCGCUGACCGUGGCGCUAGUCCAUUCAACCAAACUGAAUCAAAUCGCGUUUGUUCUCCGCGAUGUUCUCCGGGUAGUAUGUCUAGAACUGAAUCAAAAUCUGCACGUAAAAAAUGCUUGUUCAGCAGUGAUAGAAAAGAUUAUCUCACUCGCCAGUCAUUAAGAAAUAGCACAGGUAUUGCAGACAACGUGGGAUGUCAUGUAAAUACUGAUUCUGACGAUGUACUAUGUAACCUCAAAAUCGACGGUUUGAAAACGUGUGAAGGGCGUUCGUCACUUAAAUAGUUAAAAGUGCUUUUAGGUCAUCCGAAUGGGAAUAUUGUGACGCGAAACCCUACAAACAAAAAGACAGUCCAAAUAAUUAGAAAUCUUGUUGUCUGUGACUGGACCACCCAGUGACGAACGCCCUUCACACGUUUUAAAACCGUCGAUGUCGAGCUUACUUUUAUAUAGUACAUCAUCAGAAUCAGUAUUUACAUCCAUGCACGUUAAUUGUUUGCAGUGUCCUGUGCUAUUUCGUGACGACUGGCCAGUGAGAUCAUCUUUUGUAUCGCUGCUGAACAAGAAAAAAUAGCCACGAAGUUCAACAGUUCAAGAUUAGAAAGCUGUUAAGAUUAGAAUGUUGAUAAGUAUCGAAUAUCACUGUCUUGGUAUUGACCAAUGAGGUGAUCGUAUUCACCGUUUAGAAUCUGAACGGCGUGUAGUCAUGAAAGGUGGGCUUUCCUGCAGGCCCUCUUUCCUCCCCCGGAGCCCGCCAAAAUCCUGCCCGCUGCAAAUCAGGCCCCCCAUGAAAUUGAGGGCCUGCCACGCAGGCUAGCUUAAACCGAUAACAAAACACGUUGUAUAAGAAUAAUAGAUGCAACCUUAUUAACCUUUGGUGUAUAGUGUCAAAUCUAUAUGAACCAAUGUAUAUGUUUAUAUUUUCAGACAUUGGCGAAUGUGCUAAUCCAGCAUUGAAUAAUUGCCAUCAAAACGCGAACUGUUUGAACAUCCCAGGAUCAUAUCAGUGUCAAUGUAACGUUGGAUAUACAGGAAAUGGAGUACAGUGUGCAGGUAAGUACAGCAACUCCAGUUAAGCGUUUCUCAUGGGUAUCCAUACACAGGGAAGAGGUGAAACCUCUUUAGAAUUUUAAUGUUAUCUAUAAUAUGACUGGAUGAACAAAAAAGUAUUUGUUUAGGUAAUCAAUUCUUUUAUAAAAUUUGGAAACAUUCAAACUUUUCGGUCACCUGGAACGCAGUGUUUACCCUCGUGAGGUCAAGGAAAACCCCGUCAUGCAUGGAUUACUGCCGAGAUAAGACGCAUCAGCCACUGCUGUUUAUAUUAGUCAUAGCAGGUGGUGGACUUGGUAGUUCCUCAAAGAUGAACUCGGUGUCUCUACAAGGUGAAAGUGUCAGAGUAGGAUAACGAUCUAUUCAGGCAGGGCAGUUUUUUUAGGUGUCGAAGAGCAUCUGCAGGUCACUUGCCCUGUUGCAGUGGCCUCUCCAAUAGUACAGAUGGGUUACUAGUUGAGCUUUAGUUGAUAAUCUUAGUAAUAGUCUAAGACCAUAUAAUUGCAUCCACCAUGAAUUUACAUGUAAAUGACAGGAAAUUAGUUUUAAAUUGCGGACUAACUUUUUGUCUGCGUAUAUUUAUUUUAGACAUCAACGAAUGUCUUACUG